AUGGUCUCAUUCAGCAUCGUGAGCGCCGCAGCCUUGGUCGUUGCAGCAUUCGCCGCCACCGACGGCGGGCAGACGCCAUUCAAGCCUCACCAGGGCGUGGCGCCCCCGCUCCUGGGCUUCGGCACAUGGAACCUGAAAGUGUCGCCGGACAAUACCACCGAGGCCGUCGCCCUCGCUAUCCAGACCGGCUACCGUCACAUCGACGCCGCCGCCAUCUAUGGCAACCAGGUUGCUGUCGGAAAGGGCAUCGCCGAUGGGCUCGAGAGGGCCGGACUGCAGCGCGAUGACAUCUGGGUGACAAGUAAGCUGUGGAAUGACCACCACGGCGACCAAGAGACCGUCGACGCUGCGCUAAGCAAGACGCUGGAGGAGCUCGGGCUCGAGUACUUGGACCUCUACCUGAUGCACUGGCCGGUGGGCUCGUCCGGUGACUAUGACUACGUCGAGACGUGGAAAUCCAUGGAGAAGCUUUUGCCCACCAAGACCCGCAGCAUCGGCGUCGCCAACUUCUCCCCCCACCAGCUGAAGAAGCUGCUGAGGUCGUCGACCGUGACGCCCUCCGUGCACCAGAUGGAACUGCAUCCCUACCUGCAGCAGGAGGAGUGGGUGCAAUUUCACCAGAAACACGGCAUCCACGUCACGGCCUAUUCGCCCUUGGGCAACACCAAUCCCACCUACCGCCGCUCUUCCCAGAAGAAGGCGCCAUUGUUGGUCGAGAACCCGGAGCUGGAGAGGAUUGCCGAACAGCGCGGCUGCACCGUGGCACAGGUUGCCCUGGCCUGGGGGAUCGAGCGAGGCACAAGUGUGAUCCCCAAGUCGAGCCAUGAGAGUUGGAUCAAGGAAAACUUCGAGGCUGUCGAGUGCGGCCUGAUCGACGCGGACAUGGACAAGAUCGAGAAGAUCGGAGACAAGUAUCUGGCGAGGUUCAACAAUCCCAGCAGGUCUUGGGGCGUUGAUCUGUUCGAAGGCCUCGACGAUGCGUGA